UCUACCUUUGUAGCAGCUGCACGGCGGGUUGUAGAGGACCAAAACCAGAGUGCCUUCCCGACCAUGGUCUAGCCUAUAGCGUCGGUAUGGCCGACCUCACCUCCACUCUCAUCUACACAGUGUUUGUAAUCUUAGUGGCCUUCCGUUUAGUGAGUGCGGCAAUAGACUGUUUCAAAUGCGUGUCGCUGAACCACGGCAACCCCGCGUGUGACGACCCCUUCCACAACAACUACACCCGCGACAUCCUGGAGUCGCCGUGCAUGGGCGGCCGUAAGGGACGCAACGGACUGUUCCCGGCCACCGCGUGCAUCAAACUCACCGGGACUUAUGACGACACUGGUGAUCACAUCAUGGUGAGAGGAUGUGCUCUAGACAGCGGCACUCUCACUACUGACACAGAGAUCAUCCGCAUGUCUCACUGCGGUGGCUUUUACUUUAAUGACAGGUACGUCCGCGGAUGUUUACAAAGCUGUGACGAUGGGGACGCCUGUAACUCUGGGCCCGGAGUGAGAGCCUUGAGGAUCCCCGUCCUGAUCACACUCAUCGUGGGAUGGACUGCUGUGUUGUCUUAGUGAACAACUUUCUACCCAUAGCCUGUGUUGUGGAAAAUACGAUUACUGAACAACUGGGACCAAUGACAGUGAACUCUUUAUUGAACUCAACCACGGCAUGCCUUCAAAAAUACAGCUGCAAAAUCACUCAACGCCGAGGAAAGCAAUAAAACACCUUUUUCGAAAACCUGUUUAAAAUUGAGAUUGCUGCUUGAUAAUCAAAGAUGUAUAAAUAAACAAUUUAUCCAUUUAUUGCUACUCACUUCUUCAAACAUUAAAAUAAUUCACCUUAGCUAUAGUGUACUCUUUGAAUAGUAUCUUUAAUAUUUUGUAUUUAACCAGAUAGCCUUUUGAAACAGAAGUUUGUGCACAUUACCUGACGUGUAGGAGUAAAUUAAAACUUAUAAAUAAGUG